AUGGCUCACCCUCAAGGAAACCUCGCAAACCUUCUCCCUCCUUCAUGGAAAACCUCGGUAACCGCUUGGCUAGCUGAGGAUACGCCUUCGUUCGAUUACGCCGGCUUCGUUGUCGGUGACGGUCCCCGUGUCGCUACCCUCUGGGGUAAAUCCAGCGGCAUCAUCGCCGGCCGACCCUUCUUCGACGAGGUCUUUACGCAGUGCGGCUGCACCGUCGAGUGGCAUGCUGAAGAGGGAACAGCUGUUGACCUGAGCAAUGGCAAGCAUCGAGUUGCAACAGUCAAGGGUCCUGUCCGCGGAAUUCUCCUUGGUGAGCGCGUUGCUCUGAACACACUUGCACGAUGCUCUGGCGUCGCUACCAAGAGCCAGCGACUUGUAUCGAUUGCGCGUGAGGCGGGGUAUACAGGUGUGAUUGCAGGAACACGAAAGACAACGCCGGGAUUCCGCCUCGUUGAGAAGUACGGCAUGCUAGUCGGCGGCGCGGAUGCCCACAGAAUGGAUCUCAGCGCCAUGAUCAUGCUCAAGGAUAACCACGUCUGGAGCCGAGGCAGUAUCACCGAUGCUGUCAAGGCUGCCAAGUCAGUCGGUGGCUUCAGUAUGAAAGUGGAGGUGGAGGUUCAGAGCGAGGCUGAGGCUGACGAGGCCAUCGAGGCUGGCGCCGAUGUGGUUAUGUUGGAUAACUUCACUGGUGAUGGUGUUAAGGUUGCUUCAAGAAGUCUCAAGGAGCGAUGGCAAGGGAAGAGGCAUUUCCUGCUUGAGACAUCUGGUGGACUUCAGGAAGAUAACUUUGAGGCGUACUUGUGUAAUGAUGUCGAUAUUUUGUCAACAAGUUCUAUUCAUCAGGGAGUGCCGCACAUCGAUUUCUCACUCAAGAUCGAGCACUAG